AUGUCACCAACACCACCCAUCCCCUCCCCUUCCAACACAGCCCUGAAAAAAACCCAAUACCCCCCCGGCGUAAUCCUCCCACCCCCCGACAUCCGCGACAUCGUCGAAAAAACAGCAACCUACGUCGCCCGCUCCGGCCCAGCAUUCGAGAGCAGAAUCCGAGAUACCGAGAAACAUAACUCAAAAUUCGCGUUCUUGAAUCCCGCCGAUCCAUAUUACCCGUACUACGCUCACAGACUCAGUGAGAUCCAAUCUGGGUCGACGGCGGGGUCGGGGUUGAACCCGGAUCGUGAAUCGCGGUUGAGGACGAGUGCGGCGGCGAAGGAUGUGGAAGCGAAAGAGAGGCAAUUGGAUGAUGCGCCGGAGGCGCCGCCGGCAUAUAAGUUCUCGGCAAAGUUACCGGCAAUAUCCGCUCAAGACCUCGAUAUCCUUCGCCUAACCGCACAAUUUGUCGCCCGUAAGGGUCGCGGAUUCCAAUCUUCGCUCGCAAACCGCGAGGCACGGAAUUUUCAAUUCGACUUCCUCCGACCAAAUCACUCACUCCAUCCCUACUUUCUUGCGUUGGUGGAGCAGUAUACACAAAUCCUUAUCCCACCCACCCCACAUCCAACCAUCGAACUCCAAAAGAACGUGGAAGACGUCUAUGCCCUCCUACCACGCAUCCAAUCCCGCGUCAAUUGGUCGAAACAUCAAGCCUCCCAACAAAAGCGCCAAGCAGAAGAAGACGAGAAAGAGCGAAUCGCGUACGCCGCCGUAGAUUGGCAGGACUUCGUGGUGGUGGAGACGGUGCUAUUUACCGACGCAGACGAGAACGCCGAGCUUGCACUUCCAGUAUCGCUGAACGACCUUCAGAGCGCUACACUGGAGGAGAAAGCGCGGAUGCGAGGAGAAACCCUAGCUAUUGAGGACGUACCGGUACAGGAGGAGGAGGAAGAAGUCGCGAUACCAGUGCCAGCUCCAGCGGUGGCAGAAAUCGACGAAGAAGCACAAUUCAUCCAACAACGCAUGCACCAACGCGAACAAGCCCGCCUCGCCCACCAAACCGCAACCACCCUCCCCCCCAACAUGAAAAUCCGCCCUUCCACCCACGACCCCCGCACCCGUACCCCCCACCCCUCCCAAAUCGCCACCCAACUCUGCCCGCGCUGUAAUGCCCCCAUCCCCGUCGACGAGAUGGCAGAACAUAUGAGGAUUGAGUUGUUGGAUCCACGAUGGCGGGCACAGAGGAGUGUGGCGGAGAGUAGGGAGGUUGGGACGAGUAAUUUGUAUGUGGAGGAUGUUGUUAGGAAUGUUAAGAGGGUUAUGAGGGGGGAGGAGGGGGAGGGGGUGAGGAAGAAGCAGAGGGAGGCUUGA